AUGAGACCUUUGCUCAAGUGAGUCGCUUCCGGACGUCUUCCGAAUCUGCCGUCCACUUCAGAAUCGCGUUGACUGCAUUUCUCGGCAUCUCGCUGCUCAUCGUCUAUCGUGCAUAUCAGGUGCGCAAGCACAAAAAGGCGAUCAAGAAGAGGGCGCCGGUGCGCAAAUUGAGAAGUCUCCGUUCCGUUCAUUUAUUGGAUUCGAGGCAACUGUGAUGGUUUUCAGGAACGCCCACGAAGCAGCAGGAGGCGGAGAAGCCGGCCGCACCGGCUAAGACCAGCAAAGAAGAGGCGCCGCUCAGACCGUCCGGAUCCGAUAUUCUCCAUCCUGCUCCUUUCGACGUAUCCGCCCGUUUUUAGAAGAUUAAAAGAAGAAGAAAAUCAAACUUUCAGAAUGUGAACGGCGUGAUGCGUGUUCCAAAGUGCACGGGCGGUCAGAACGACUCCCGCGAAAGCGAAAGCUCGGACAGUGAACCGGUGAGUUUCGGAUUUUGGGGGUGGGAAAGGCAGAACAUUAAUUUAACACAAAUAUCAUCAUGUGCCCAAUUCCAGGUGUCCACGACGAAUCUGGUGGGAAGCCGAACCGAAUCGGAACGUGUCGAAAUCGAGCGGAUGCCGUACUCGUUUGAAAACUGCACGGCUGCCACGUUUGAGCCGGCGAAGAAGUCAAAGAAAUCGUCGAAGACGAAGCAGAAAGAGGUCGAAGAGGAGAGCAAAGAAAAGAGCAAGGAAAAAGAGGAAGAGAAGGCAGUGGCUCCGGUUGAAGCUCCCGCUCCGACUGCUCCGCCGGCAGCUAAAGAUGCUCCGCUUGCUGCUCCUGCUCCGCUCCCGCCUGCUCCUGCUCCAUCUGAUGGCCCAGCCGAUCCGUCCGAUCCUCCAACUGCCACGGAUCAGAAACUGAUCCCCGUGGACUUUAGUAAACCGCGUCCCACACCGCCGGAAGCCGAGAAGAUCAUCCACCACCAGAAUCUGUCGUCCGAGUUCAUCAUCUCGCCGUCGUCGCCCGGCACGAACGAGCCGUCGGCGGCGCUGCUCGAUUCGGCGGCCGUCAAACGAGCGGCCGAGCCGUCGGGCUCCACCGAAUCCUCGAGAUUUCUGUUCAAGGCGUGCCGGUGUCGGAAGAGGGAGCGCGGCGGACUGCUCAAGGAUUCGGAGGCGCCCGUCUACGAGUCACUUGUCAAGGCGGACAUUGCCGCGCUCAAAGUGCUGCCCGUCAACUUUUACAAAUACAAUCCGCCCAAUUUGACGGAGGUGGUGACGAGCAGUAACGGAAGUGCAGGUGGGGAAGUGCGCUCCAUUGAGAACAUUCGAAUCAAUUGCAGAUCUCACCGAACUGCCCGACGAACACUUUUCCGCUUGCGAGAAUAAGCCAGACGUGAGAGAAUGAAAUGUGGUGAACCUGUCCACGACCACGAUUUUCAGACCUACCUGACCCCUCUGUACCCGGUGCUCGGUGCGAUGCACGCGGCUCACAACCACUCGUGUCUCAUCAAUCACCUCGUCGAGAACUAUGACUUUUUCGAAUAG